AAAUUCCCUUCAUAGUUAUAUAUCUUUCUCACACCCAACAACAUCUCAAUCUCAACAAACCAACUCGUCGUGUCGUAGUGUUACCUUUGGCUCCAGUCAAACAACACAGGUUUCUCGAACAGCCAUAUCAGCUCAAGUUGAUAUCUCUGAUAUAUGCUCCAUCUUCCAUUUUUUUAAUGACAUUGAGGUUUUUGAAACAAAGACAAUAUGCUGUGCUCUUCUCUUGUUUCCAACCUUCAUUUCUACACUCUGUUCCACUGCGCUUUCCCUCGCCAAUCAAGUGAUGCUAACAGCUCACAUCCACUUCGAUCUUUACCAUCUCACAGCACUACCACCAUGAUCUUCGUCAGUAUCACCACUCAAUCACUUCUCUGAAUUUUCUCUUUGCAAAUGAGAAAGAACGUUCUUGAUUCUCUUCUUUUUGAAGAUAGUUCAGACGAUGCUUCUAACUCAUCUUCCUCUUCUGUGAACUCCCUCGAUGAGAUUGCACUUUACUCUGAUAAUAAUCUUCCACAAGGAAACACUGACGCUUCAAGAAUAAACAAUCUUAAUAAUACCAAACACAUCCCCAAUAAUAACACAACUGACAAUAAUAACAACAGAAACAACAAUAAUAAUCACAAUUCGGAUUUCAAUAACUUGGUUUCAAAUGAUCUUUGUAAAAUCUCCUUAACUUCAACCUUUCAACAACCCUUUUCUUUCAAUUACCCAAAUCAAAUUGAAAAUAAAACUUCUAGCAUAGAUGAUCCAAAUGAAAUAGCAAAACUAACCACUUCUAUUCGUUAUCAAAUUGCAAUUGAUGGCCUAAAAAAUAAAAAAUUUAAAUCAAUUAGAGCUGCUGCCAAUUUUUGUAAUAUUCAUAGAAGUAAUCUAUCAAGAAGAUUAGCAAGAAAAUCUUAUUCAAAAGAACAAACCUAUAGAGCAAGAAAAAUUUUAAAUGAUUCUGAAAAAUUUUAUAUUAAUUCCUUCAUCAAAUUAUUAUCCCUAAAGGGAAACCCCUUAUUUAAAUCAGAAAUCGACCUGUUAAUCAACUAUACUUUAUUUACAAAAUUUCAAAAAAAAGACUACUAUAACACUAAAAAUUUCCCCAAAACUUACUUGAAUUUCAUCGAUAAAUAUACAAAAGUUACCACAAUCGAUGAAAUAUCCGUUUCUCAUCACUUUUCUUCAAGAUUAAUUAAAAGAUUCUGUUUAGAUUUUUGUCGCCAUAAAAAAGAAGUCCGAAAUCAGUUAGCUUCUUUCAGUAACGAAACUUUUAUAAUUCAAAGUUUUUACAAAGAAUUAAAUCAAAUUUAUAAUAUUAAUCAUUUUAAAUCUGAAAAUAUAAUUUAUGUCGACGAACUUUGUUUACAUUUAACAAAUUCAAGAAAUCCUCCCUUUGUUCAAUUAGGAAAUAAAGACGUGUGUUUUUAUAAAGAUAAUGCCUUAGGCUUAACUACUCUUAUAGAGGCCUUUAAAUCUGAUGGAGCGUAUUUCUCUCCCUUGGUUAUCUUUGAUGAUAAAGAGUAUUUUAGCACCAAUGAUCUGAAUGUAAUUACUAUAGAAGAUGCUACCUCGAAUCUCAAUACUAAUAUUAAUAACAAUGAAAUUCCUAGAAAAAAGCAAAAAAAAAGCAUUCAAAACAUUGAAAAUAAUAAUAAUAAUAAUAAUAAUAAUAAUAAUAAUAAUAAUAAUAAUAAUAAUAAUAAUAAUAAAAAUAACAAUAAUAAUAAUAAUAGUAACGAAAAAAAAUCAAUCUUUUCAUUUGUUAAAAAUGACGAAAGAUUUUCCGAUUGGCAAUUUGAAAUCACCAAAAAUGGUUUCUCAAAUUGUUCAAUUUUUUUAAAAUUUAUUCAAAAAAUUGUCAAAUCUUAUAAUAAUCCAAAUGAAAAAAAACUACUUAUAAUAGAUGGCUUUAAAUCAUAUCUAAACAUCGAUAUAAUUAUUUAUUUAAUUAAAAACAAUUUUCAACUAAUUAUUUUACCCCCAAAUUCUUCUGGUCGUAUACAUUUAACUGACAGAAAUAUUUUUCCAGUUCUAAAAGAAAAUUUUAAAUCAAAAAAUACCUCUAAAUUCAGCUUUAUAGAAAAUAUUAAUUUUCUUGAAUUUAAUUUAAAUAGAGACGGAAAUGAAUGUUUUCUUGAAAGUCAAUUUUCUAAAAAUGAAGAAAACACCAACAACAAUCCUGAUGAUCGAGGUGAAAAUGACAAUCCUGAUGAAGAUAAAGAUAAAGAUGAAGAUGAAGAUGAAGAUGAAGAUGAAGAUGAAGAUGAAGAUGAAAUUGAAAUUGAAAUUGAAAAUGAAAAUGAGAAUGAGAAUGAGAAUGAGAAUGAUAAAGAUUAUGCCAAUGGCAAUGUCGAGAUUACAGAUGCUGCUGACAAUAAUAAUAAUCAAAAUAAAGUUCCUACUCUUAAUAUUGAUACCAAUGCUGAUAAAACUAAAAAAGAAAAGUCCACUCCAACACAGAAAAAAUCUCGUAAAACUUUAGAAGAUAGACUUAAUCGAUAUUUAUUGUUAAAUGGAGUCAUGUUUCCAGUUUAUAUUCUUAAAGAACAAGAAAAACUUUUAAAUGAUUUGUAUUCAUUAAGAAAAUCAACGUAUACAAAAGAAUUGAUUACUGAUGCAUUUAAAGAAAGUGGUUAUUAUUAUAAUUCAAAUAAUUUUGAAGAAAGCAAUUUAAUUAGACUUACAAUUCAACAAAAUAUUUUAGACCAAAUUGAUUUAAAAAUAAAUCAAGUCAGAAAUGAUCCAACUGAAAAUUAUUCAGAUAAGAAUAGCCAAAGUUUAUUAAACGAAUUUGAGUUGUUUUUGGAAUCAAAGCUACAAGCUCAGAAGAUAUUAAGACUUAAUGAGAAUAACCAAGAAGGGUAUCAAUUUAAAGAUAUAUCAAUAUCGGAAAUUAAUGAAAUUUUUUUUAAUGAUAAUAACAAGGAUAGUGAGAACAACAACAGUAAUAAUGGGAACCAAAACGAAAAUAAAUACGAAAAUUAUAUUAAUAAUAGAAAAAUUAAUCAAGUCGCUAUUAAUUCACCCAACCUUGUUAAUUUUGGUGAAAUUCAAAAAUUUAUUGAUGAACAUGAGUUUGAUGGAAAUAAAAAAGGUGUCAAACCAGUUCGAAGAAAUGCUAAGGAGAAGGUCCGAGCUGAUGACUCAUAUAGUAUUUUAAUUCCUGAGAUUGAAAUGGUUUUUAAUCAUUAUUAUUUGCUUUUCAAUAAAAAUUUUGAAAGUCGAGAAUAUAUUGAAAACCAGAUCAUGAAAAUGGUUCUUUUAUUAAAGGAUGAUAGUGGGAUCGGAAGCACUGCCGAAAAAAACUAUAAUCCAACAGUAUUAGGAGUUGAAAGUGAUUUGAAUAAAAUGAACAUGAACUUGAAUACAGUCAAUUAUCUUUGCAGCAAUAACAACAAAAAUAUAACUUUUUUGUUUGCAACGUUACCAUUUAGAAGCUUUUCUAAGAGUGCAGAUUUGUUCUUAAAUUUCAAAUUAUUAUUGUCAUUUUGCAAUGAGAAAAAAGUCCGGUACAAUAAGUUGAAGAAGAAACAGGAAUUUAGAGAUUUUGUUAGCUUGCAAAAUGCAGAGGAGCACUUGGACUUGAAUAUCUUGACGCAAGAGAACGAGCAGAAGAUAUCAAACGAGGUUGAAAAAAAGAAAACAGAGUUGGUUCGAUUUUCAGAAACAUUUAAAGAGUUGAAGGACUCAUACAAAGAAAUCGUGAGAGAAAAUGAGGAGGCCAAAAAGCAAAUCAACCGGAUCAACGAGCACUAUGAGAGGGUGAUCAGAACCAUGAGAAACCAGUACAAAAAUUAUCGGAAUUAUUAAUGGACAGGUGUGAUUGGCUAGCUGGGCAGGAUGAGUUGGAGCAAUCACUCUUGAGACUGGAAAUAACAAAAAGAAGAGGAAUUCGACAUGCCAAAAAUAAAAGAGCAGAUGAAUGAUAUUCUGUUACAGCUCUGGAGACUAAAAAGCAAGUGAAUCAGUGGGUCGCUUAUUUUCCCUUCAUUCUGGAAGUUUAUAGUUUAACUUAGUCUGUAGAAGCGAAAUGCCAACAGUCAAAAAGUCUGAAGGA